GCUUGCCUCCACCAACGGCCUUCACGGGGAAAGCCUGGUGAACGCUCGCGACUGCCACGGCUUCACACCGCUGCACUACGCCGCCAGGCACGGGAACGUUUUUAUGCUGGACUUGCUCCUGAAGAAGGGUGCGGAUGUCCUCGCGCUCGACAGAGAAGGGCUGCCCCCGCUGCACCACGCCCUGUGUAUGAUGAGGCCUGAGGCGUGCCAAAAGCUGCUAACUGCCAUGGACGAGCUUCCGAAGGAACGGCUGCGGAAGGAGCCGUUGGCCACGAAUCUGCAGGCCACGUGGGGCGCUGCUUUCCAGUCCAAUAACUCAAGUAUGAAGCCACUUGCGGAGAAGCUUGCAGAGAUCGCGAAGCGAGCCUUCAGCACCCCGUCAGGCCACCUCCAAGGCAUCGCACGGAGUGGCGACGUCCCUGCCAUGAGGGCAGCAUACAAGACGCUUCCACUCGAAUAUGUCAAGCUCGGAUGGACAAGUCGCACAUUUGAUGCCGUGGAGUGUGGGCUGUCGGAGAUACUGGACCUCGCGAUCCUCAGCGGCUCCGCGGCCAUGGCCGCGAUGGUGGCAGAGCCGGAAGAACAUGGCGCCCCUCAGGGCAUCGCUUUUGUAGGUGAUUUGGAGAUGCACUCGGAGCCCAAGCAUGUGGAGAGACUGGUGCGGAAGGGCAAAGUGGCCCGCUUCCGUGCCCUGCACGGAGUGCGGCCGCCAGACACCCGCAGGAUGGCGGAGCUCUUGGUGCUCGCUGCGGAAAGUGAACAGCUUGAGAUGGCACACCAGAUUUGGACUCGGGGUGGAGAAGACUUGGCCUCGGCCCUGACGGAUGGGGAGAAGCUGAAGCUCGUGCGCCUGGGCAAGCAAGCGGCCGCUCUGGGCCACGAGGAGUUCGUCCGCCUGCUCAUCGAGGCCAAGGCCCCACUGGACAAAGUGAUUGAUGAUGGCCGCACGAUGAUCGACCAAGCGGCCCGCACUGGCCAGACGGCGAUCGUGGAGCUUCUGGCUGAUGCAAGGGCCCAUGUUCGGAAUGGAGUUCUCGCCAAGGCUGUCAGCGGGGGACACCGCGACACGGCAGAACUCCUUCUGAAACGACGCGCGGAUCCCAAGCAAAGCUGGAAUGAUGGGAAGGGGGGCCAAUCGGUGAUCGGUCAAGCGAUCAUCAACAACCGACCCGAGAUGCUCCAGCUCUUGGCCGAGUACGGGGCCGAUACCUACACCGACGAGAAUUUGGAGUACGCCGAGAAGCAGCAGGCGUUCGAGUGCCUGGAAUUCAUGCGCCGCUCCCUUGACUUGGGAUGCCCCGCGUAG